ACAUCUGUCAAAGUUACCAAACAGGUGCUCAAUGGACAGAGAGCAAAGUCUCUGUUCGCGUUUACAGUUUUAAAUUCUUGCAUUUUGUCAUCUAACCGUUCAGCAUGGCUAUGGCUGAAGCAGUGAUGCCUGCCAUAACAUCGUUUCUAAGUGGUCAAACGAUGGAAGGAAAACAGUUCGACAAUAUGUGCAAGCUGGAUCAGUGUGCACGCAGCAGCGCAACAGGUGGCGCAGACAACCCGCUCAUCGAAGUGGAGUUCAGCAUAGUGCAGUCUCCUGGUUUACUGGCCAAAGACGACGACGAGCUGGGAAGAUUCGUGGACCUCGAGUUCAUUUUGUCUAACACCAUAGACUCCGAUGUUGUAAGCAACAACGGGAACAUUUCUCCGCAGCCGUGCUUGUACUCCCUGCCGGAGUCACCGGAGAGCUGCAGCGGUAGUUCUGUGCCAGACUGUAGUGACCGCCCUCCAUCUCACCUGGCCGCGCAGAGCUACCACGGCACGGUAAGCUUCACGGGCUCGAGCCCAGUCCGCAGUCUCAUGGAGGAGCUUCUCACGCCAGAGAUGAGUUACCCGGGGGAGAGUUCACCGGAGUGCGAAGGAAGGGCGAGAGGCGUGCGGGAGUACACCGAACUGCGAGCGUUGAAUCCGGUCCCGGUUUCAGCUACUACCGCUCAUCACCAAGUAGCCACGUCUUCUCCACCGCUUGGAUACAAAAUCAAAACCGAGCCCAUAGGCCAGUCUUGUAUGAUGGCUACUGGUGACUUUAUGGGACAGGUGUAUGAGAAUCAUCAGAUGCGCUCCGUGCACCAAGGAGCUUUUACGCACCACCAGGCUACAGUCCCAGGUGCGUUGCCGGGAUUCGGUGCGCACCCCAUGCAGCACCCUACCCCCCAUGGACGCACAGAUUUCCAUUUGGCACAUAUUAACUCUCAUCCUCAACACCCUAGUCAACACCAUCUCCAAAAUCAGUACAUUAACGCACCCUACCAGCCGCAGUACGCGCACCAGAGUUUGACACAGUUUCAAGGACAGUACAGCAUCCACAGAGAGCCAGUCCGCGGUCACCAGCAGCACCAUCCGGCUUCUAUGCAGGGGAUGAUGCUCACUCCUCCUUCUUCGCCAUCGUUGCUGGAGUUUUACUCUCAGGAUGAGGCGGGGAGCGUCAAACAGAAACGAGGCCGCAGGUCGUGGCCCAGAAAACGCGCUGCGACGCACAGCUGUGAUUUUCCUGGCUGUGGAAAAACCUACACCAAGAGCUCCCACCUCAAAGCCCACAUGAGAACACACACGGGUGAAAAGCCCUACCACUGUAACUGGGAAGGCUGCGGCUGGAAGUUUGCCAGGUCAGAUGAGCUGACCCGUCACUUCAGAAAGCACACCGGACACCGACCUUUCCAGUGUCACCUGUGUGAGCGUGCGUUUUCCCGCUCAGAUCAUCUGGCUCUCCACAUGAAGAGGCACAUGUAGGCCAAGUUAUGGAUACUUUUGUAUCCAAAUCCAUCAUGGGAUCAUGCCUGGAGCAUCCCAGAAGAAGCACGAGUUGUCCCCUCACUAUUGGACAGUUUGUGCAUCUGGCCCCAACCAAUGAAACAAAACGUUCCUGUAAUGGGCUUUAGCAUAUGAACGGUGCCUUUGUAGAGCGUUUACAGCAACCUGAUCAUACCCUGAGGUACCACACAUGGGGACAUUUUAUGUUUUUCAAAACAAGUGCCUCUCUAUCAGAAAAUAAGAAUGAAUGCUGGUGUUUUUUGUACAUAUCUGUGGAUAUAUGAACUUUGGCUAAAUUAUAGUAGUUUCUAUUUAAGACAUUUCCUCGCCCGUCUCUGAAAUAAGUUAUUGAUUGUUAGUGAGUGCCUUAACAAGACUGUAUGUGCUUCCCAAAUGGGAAAACUCACUGCGGGCAGGACCCAGACAUUUGUACAUAUUUGUAAAUUGUAUUUUGGAAUGUUUACAUCUUAUAUCUUUAAUACUACUCAAAUCAGGUCAAGGGUUUUUAUUGACAAUUUUUAUUGUAUUUUCUCAAUAUUGUUAGUCUACUAAAUAGAUGUUAUAGAUUUGCUGAGCUGUGUAGACCUACAUUUCAGAUUUUAUUUUUUUUUUGUUCUGUGAAGGUUUGCUUGACCUAUGCUAACAAGUACAGGUACUAAAGUUUAUUUUCAGCCUCUUUGAUCCCAAACAUAACCCUUACUUCACUCAAUUUAAAUGUUAUUUUACAGAUCAGUGUUUUCUGGGGAUACAAGUUUUUAUUAUGGAAGAUUUGUAAGAAUGGAGAAAUCCACUGUAACCAAUGGUUGAUUGGCUGUUCUUGAAACAGAAUUGCUACUCAGAUGUAUCAUUUUUCAACAAUUUUAUGUGCUCAGAAAAUUAAAAGUACUUUUACAAAUA